UACCAAACAAAUAGUGUCAUCCUUAAUCGAGCGGUCGCACGCGUGUUUUGUUUAUAACUUGAAAUUGUUAAAUAUUAAUAAUACAAAAAUGGAGGAGGUCCUUGACGUUAUGCAGCUGGAGCACAUGCAGUGUGAUGUUUGCGGGGAGAAGACAUUCCAAGAGCGGGAGGGCUUCUACUACUGUGUGGAGUGUGGCACCCAAAAAGACCAAAUCCGCGCGGUGGACAUCACCGCCGACGAGAACUUCAAUGAGACCACUGCGGGGAGACACGCCUCCAGGACAAUCCGUCAGCCAAAGGGGGCGGGAAAGACGGAAGACGAUGAGAUCACCUCGUGGGAGUUCUAUAACUACAUUCUGCGUGGUUUUCUGCAGGAGUUACUGAACAUGGGCGCAAAGCCGGAGCUUAAGCUGAUGACCCUGCAGGUGUGGGCUGCCUACAUGGGUCGCAUGGAGGUGGCCUUUUGCCGAAACAACGCUCUGGGAUUGCCCAAGCUGAAUGUACGGGCGCUGGUAAGAGAUGCUCGCAUCAUUUACAACCACAAGCGCACAAAGCUGAAAAGGGGCAGAAAAGGCACAGUUGGUGAUCCCAAUGACGAGCGCACCAAAUUCAGAUUGUGGAACAAGACCAAGCGUAAUCUCGACGCCUCCGGCUACAACAAAAAGGAAGGACCUUCGGAAUCCGAGGGAGAGCAGAGUCUCCGCCUUCAGUGGUCCGUGAAUGCCCGCAAGUCCCUGAAACGCCAGAUGCCGCUGAAGCACCUGGAUAAGCACAGCAAAGACAGCAAGGGGAGCUUGUCGUGCCACGGCUUGAGACCCAAGGCCAAGGACCUGCACCACUUCGACCGCCACAUGUUUUGCCUGAACUUCAACAAGUUGUACAUAGUGCUGGCUAUUGCCCUCAACAUGGUGGAGGACGACAUACAGCUGACGGACCUGAUGCGAUUCAUCGAUGAGGAGCACCUGUCCAAGCGAAGUAUGCUCAGCUAUCUCCCCGAAAAUGUGGCCUCCAAGAGCAAGACACUUAUAAAGGAGAUGGAGUUUGGCAACCAUAAGGACAAAUGUACCUACAAGCGUUUACGUCCUCAUGUGGGUUACAUGUCGCGAUUCAUAAACCUGACUGAUUUCCAAACACCGAACCUGCACGCUCUGGCUGAACGCUAUAUCCUGGAGUUGGCCUUGCCUCCUCGUCUACUUAAGUACGUGGGUAGCCUCAUCGAUCUGUACCCUCCCAAGUUCAUCAACCACAUGGGCGCAUACACGUAUCCCCACUUCGAAGCCAGGGUUAUGGCCUACAUUGUCUAUGCUAUGAAGUUGCUCUUCGGUCUGGACGAUGUCAAGGAGCAAAAGAUAUCUGAAUCGGCGGCAAAGAUCAACAAACAACUGUUGGAUCUUGGAGGUGAUGAAGCGCCCACGCUUUUUGUCUUCGACGAAUGGAUGAAGUUUGUGGAAAUUCGGAAAGUGAUUGUCUCACAUUACAACCAAAGCUUUGCCCGUCGCUUCGGAGUGGCCACGCAAAUUGGCCGCCAGGUGGAUGACAUCCUGGCCAAGGAGCGCAAAGAGAAGGAGCAGGGAUAUGGCUACGAUGAGGUGGAGGGAACGGCGGCGUCGCGGCGCCAGCACGAAAACCUAACCCACAUCAUUGAAACAUUGCUCAAGGAACACUUCGGCCAGUCCAGUCAGGAAAUGUUGGACCUGGAUCGCAUUGAAUUCCAGCCCAGCUUGACUCCAGCUCACUCCUACUUUAAGAGAAUCCUGCUCCAAUCCUCGCGAGCUGAUGGAGCGCAGAUGGCCUCGAAGAUUCCUGACUGUAUGCACAUUGAUCACAGGCAACGAGACCUCGAUCCCUUUAUUAUGGAGACCGAAAAGCUAUCUGAUUAUUUAUCCCAACACGGCCUUAAACUUCGAGUGGAGGAGAUCGCUUGCCAGGAAAUUCAGGAAGUGGGCAUAUUCCGUCCACUCGAACAUAUGAACGGUAAAGGAGUUCGGGAAUUUUGGGCAAACACUGACAUCAAAACCGAAACAUGGCUCGCCGAACUGAAGAGAAAGGAGAAACGGCCAGACUUCCGAUUCUUUUAUCCCACUGGAACCUAUGGCCCUCGCUAUUUGAAGAGUAUAACAGCACGUCACGGAAGGCGUGAACAACUAGAGCUUAACAAUCCCUAUUGGGAGAUGAUCGAGACGCCCAGCUACAUUCUUAAAGUGGACGAUAAGGAGGUGCCUCUCGAUAGCUUGAGCUCCCUGCAAACCUUCGAGGAGGGGAGCAUGGAGCCAUUAAAGGUUCCACUGGAUUUGCCGCGUCGUCAUCUGGAACGAAAGCAGAAUACCGAGGAGACUGACAAGGAAACUGAUUCCGAUGGAAGGUCAGAAGUUCCAACUGAAGAGCCGGUAAACGAUAACGACCUACUGCUCCACGUCUCGAACUUUGACUGCUGGCUCCUGCACGGCUACACAGCCAGGAUUCGUGAGUGCGACAAGCGGGAGUUGCGCCAGCUGUUUUCCUGCUCGUUUCGCUGGCUCUUGGAGACCUGUUCCGCAACUAUCGGCGUUGGCUGGCACGUGGUCUACGAGCAGCUGCUUGUCCUGGAGGUGAUGUUCCACCACAGCAUCCGGGACUGGAGCAACCACAAGGAACUUCUGUGCAUUCAACACACUAAUCAGAAGAAGGACAUUCGAACGCUGGCCAGGACGUACAAGGAAUUUUGGUAGAAUGUCAACCUGUAACCAGACCAAAACCAAAUUACAAAUCCAGACCUCAAAUUUACAUGAUAGCACAAAGUAAAAAGUAAAUAAAUGUAGUUUGAUACGAAAAGGAG